GUAACAGUGGACAGCGUUCCUCCAUCAAGAGGUACUUGUUGUCAAACCGAGGCACACUGACAGUAUGAUACAUCACCUGACAGCCAUGCAAAGGCUGUUGGCCAGAUGGCAGCGUUCUAUAAUCAGCUUUACUCGAAGCUGAGCUGCAGGGAGCUUCACGAAUGCACAGCUACAUUCGGGUGACAGUGUUUCAUACCCACGGAUUAACUGUCUGCAGAAAGCGUCAAUGUCAUCAUAGCCACAGGUUUCCUUUUGGACAUUGUGUAAUUAGGUAUUGCAGCCUUAUCUAAUGCGCUGGACUGUGAAGAUGUCACCUCCAGCAUGGCCAUCAUUAUUUAUUUAAGAUUACUAUAUCAAGAGGAACCCUUUCUAUCAAGAAUGAAUUGUCCCUUACUUCAAAAAGGAGCAGUGCUAUUAUUUUAUACAAUUGCCUGUUACAUCUCUGCAAACCAAGUCCACCCCCAGGGUCAUUUUCCACGGCUUGAAAACAUAGGAGCUUAUAAAAAUGUUACCACUGUGCCAACUCAAUCUACCUGUGGCUCACCUGAAAGGAAUGCCUUUUGUCAAAGCACUGUUGCAAUGGAAAGCCUGCAAAGCUGUACCCAGCAAUUUUGCAUCCAGGAAUGUGCUUAUCGUUCAGCCACAGCUUCCUCUGCUGAUCUUUUCUCUGCAGGAAUUGGCACCUGCAUUACAGAAGACAAGAAUGAUGUGCACCCAGGAUCCUUAAACAACUCCACAAGUUUUAUUUUUCGAAAUCAGAGGGAUUGUUUUGUAGAACCUUCAUUUCAUAAUGUAGGGCUCGGAAGUUCAUUUACUUUAACAGUGUGGCUGAAACCAGAACAACUUGGUUUAAUGACUGUUAUUGAAAAAAGUGUCAACAGGCAGGUGAUUUUCAAGCUGGCAAUCUCAGAAGAAGAAACUCAGUUUCACUAUAACUCACUGAGUGGCCUGCAACCUCCGUUAAAAGUAAAGACAUUGGGAAGGAUUCCUUCAGAUCAAUGGACUCAUUUGGCAUUGCAGGUGCAUUGCACAAGGCUAAGUUUCUUCAUAAAUGGCUUAGAGGGAGACAAUACUGCUUUCGACACCCAGUUACUAGCAGGUCCUGUCGUAGAUGUAACAACUAAUGCUGCUGUUCGAAUUGGGCAAAAUUCUAAUGGUUCAGACCAGUUUAUUGGAAGAAUGCAAGGCUUUCACUUGUAUUACACAGCCCUAACCAACAGAGAAAUCUAUGAAGUGUUUUCAGGGAAGCUGCCUCAUCUCCACACUCAAACAGAAUGCAGAUGCCCAAGCAGCCACCCCCGUGUGCACCCUUUGGUUCAGCGGUACUGCAUUCCCAAUGGUGCAGAUGAUACCACCAAUGACAGGGUCCUGCGACUCAACCUAGAUGCUCAUCCUCUGAAUUAUAUUAAUGACAACGACAUUGGAACAUCCUGGAUUUCUUCAGUAUUCACUAACUUAACUCAGCUUGAUAAUGGAGUAACUAUAACCUUUGAUUUGCUGAAUGGAGAAUAUCAGGUUUUCUAUGUUAUUCUACAGUUUCUCAGCCCACAGCCUGAAGCUGUACAAAUCCAAAGGAAAAAAAGCAGCAGCUCAGAGUGGAUUGACUGGCAGUACCUUGCAAGAAAUUGCAGUAUCUUUGGAAUGGAAAAUAAUGGACCUUUGGAAAAGCCAGACUCUGUGAACUGCCUUCAACUUCCAAGCAAUGUUCCAUACUCCCGUGGUAACGUGACUUUUAGUGUUCUUACACCAGAACCAAACCGUCGCCCUGGAUACAACGAUUUUUAUAACACGCCGACUCUGCAGGAGUUUGUCAAAGCUACACAUAUUAGGAUACAUCUUAGAGGCCAGUACCAUACCACCCAGGCAUCAGUGAACUUCAGGCACAGAUAUUAUGGAGUGGAUGAAAUCACCAUUAGUGGAAGGUGUAACUGUCAUGGCCAUGCUGCUCAUUGUGACACAAGCCUCAACCCAUACCGAUGCUCCUGCCUCGCGGAGAGCCACACUGAGGGAGAUAAUUGUAAUCGCUGUAUGCCUCUCUUCAAUGACAAACCUUUCAAUCGUGGAGACCAAGUACGAGCAUAUAACUGCAAGCCCUGUCAGUGCUAUAACCAUGCCACAAGUUGCCAUUACAACAGCUCUCUGGACCCAUUUCCCAACGAACACUUCAGAGGGGGAGGCGGAGUAUGUGACAAUUGCCAGCAUAACACUACAGGGAGAAACUGUGAAUUGUGCAGGCAUUUCUUUUUCCGAGAACUGGAUGUUGCUCUUUCUGCAAUCGAUGUGUGCAACCCUUGUGACUGUUAUGGAGCUGGUGUCAUUAAUGGCAGCCUGUUAUGCAAUGGGAUUGGAGGGCAGUGUAAAUGUAAGAGACAUGUGUCUGGCAGACAGUGCAAUCAGUGCCAGCAUGGAUUCUAUAAUCUACAACACUUGGACCCUGAUGGCUGCAGUCCUUGUAACUGUAAUACCUCAGGGACGCUAAAUGGAGAUAUUACUUGUCACCAAAAUUCAGGUCAAUGCAAGUGCAAGACAAAUGCUAUCGGACUUACUUGUGACCGCUGCAAUUUCGGCUUUAAAUUCCUGAGCAGCACCAACCCAGAUGGAUGUGAACCUUGCAGGUGUAACAGAAACGGCUCCCUGCACCAGUUCUGUCACCCGUUCACUGGCCAGUGUGAAUGCAGAGAGAGAGUUGGUGGACUCUUGUGUGAUACCUGCAGUGAAAACUUCUAUGGACUGAACGCUAGUGGCAGCUGCUGGCCAUGUGAUUGCAACCUUGCUGGGACUGUUCCUGGCACUGUGUGCGAUGCCUGGACAGGCCAAUGUUUCUGUAAACCUAGUGCUGGUGGACGGCGCUGUGAUACAUGUUUGGAUGGUUACCAUAGUCUACAGCACAGCAACUCCCUAGGCUGUCUGUAUUGUAGCUGUGACACGGCGGGAACAGUGAAUGGCUCCACUGUGUGUGACAAGUCAACUGGCCAGUGUCCAUGUAAAACCAGCACUAGGGAGCUGCAGUGUAACCAGUGUGCCCAUAAUUCCUAUAAUCUCAGUUUCUCUAACCAUCAAGGCUGCCAGCCGUGUGACUGUGAUCACACAGGCACAGUGGUAGGGACCGUGUGUGACCAGAUUAGUGGGCAGUGUGUCUGCUUGCCCACUCGACAAGGGAGAAGCUGCAAUCUUUGCAAAUCCGGGUUUUACCUACCUCCACCAAAUGAAACUGGCUGUUUACCAUGUGACUGUCAUUCUGUCGGCUCCAUUCACAAGAUCUGCAGUGGUGGCACUGGCCAUUGCAUUUGUAAGGAUGCUUCAUUAACAGGAUGGAGGUGUGACCAGUGCAAGGAGCUUUUCUUUGGGUUCAACUCUGGCACUGGGAGGUGUAGAGAGUGUGAUUGUGACUCAGCGGGAAGCUUCAACGGUACCUGUCACCCGAUUACUGGGCAAUGUUUCUGCAAACAGUUCGUAACUGGUUUAAAAUGUAAUGCUUGUGUGCCAGAAGCCAGUCAACUUAAAGCUAAUAACCAUUUGGGAUGCAGUAAAAGUAAUCCAUCUCAGCAGCCACCUCCUACUGCACAGAUUGUCAGUUCAACCUUCAUCAGCCUGUUUUGGAGACCUCCUGAUUCCCCCAACACGAAUAUACUAAAAUAUAGGUUAUACAGAGAAGAUGCAGAGAUUUAUGCUGUCGAGGAUCAAUAUCCAUUUGGUUCCAAAGUCUUCAAUGAUACUGAAUUGUCACCAUACACAGUUUAUUCCUAUUACAUCGUGGCAAGCAACGUUCAUGGUCUGACGAGGAGUUCAACAGUUAGCUACAGAACUAUGUCUGGUAUACCCAUUGGAGAUCUUCACUUAAAUCUCAUUGGUUCUGCUGGAUCACAGACAGCUUCCUUCAACUGGACAUCUUCAUUGAAUACAUCAGGACCAAUUGAGAAAUACGUGUUGUCCUCCAUCACUUUAGGUGACCCUGAGGCUCGUGUUCACUACCAGGGGCAUCAGACCUCUGUUAAUGUCACUGAAUUGGCACCCUUUACCAGAUACAACUUCUCUCUGAAGGCUUGUACCAGUGGUGGCUGUGCUGAGGGAAGGCCGAUAACAUUUUUGACUGCCCAAAUCCCACCAGAAGGACAAGCUCCACCAAGGAUAAAAAAUAUAAGUUCUGCGGAGCUCUACGUUGAAUGGGACCCACCUGUAGAGCCGAAUGGUAUAAUCAUAAGGUAUGAACUGUACAUGCAGGGACCGAUAGAACUUGGCCAAAACCACAUUUUGUCUGAAAGACGAGUUUUCUAUGACAGUGGAUGGUUUAACCCACAGCCUGUGGUUAGCUCUGCCAAUGAGAAUGCCUUGAUGCCUCCGCAGACCAACACAACAGUGAGGAACUUGGAACCGUUCGCAAUGUAUCGGUUCCGAGUGUAUGCAGUGAAUAUGGCAGGCAGCACACACUCAGAAUGGGUAUCUGGAAGAACAGGUGAAGCAGCUCCGGUGUGCAUGCCACCACCGAUCAUAUACCCUCUUAAUUCAUCAUCUCUCAAUGUAACCUGGAUCAAACCUAGUGACAACGCCACAAGAGGACUGGUUACAGAAUACUUUAUCAACAUCCAUGAGGAGCAGACCUCUAACCAGUUUGCACCACCAUUAGUAUCUAAAGUUCUUCACAAAGCUUCACCCCAUGAACAGGCAUAUAAAGUGACAGGUCUGAAGCCUUACAGAACCUACAACUUUACCAUCACACUCUGCAAUCAACUUGGCUGUAUUACAAGUCUGCCUGCCUCUGGGCAAACAUUAGCUGCUGCUCCAGCGAGAAUAAGGGCUCCUCAGUUAGAGGGACUCAACAUGACAGUUAUUAAAAUAUCCUGGGACCCACCCAAAGAGGUGAAUGGACCUCCACCGCUUUACCAGUUGGAGAGAAUGGACACAUCGUUAACCAGCUCCCUCAGUCCAGUUAUGAGAGGAACCAGAUUCCCAGGACAUGGUUAUUACAGGUUCCCAAACUCAACACUUCCUGUCAAUACAUAUUUUACAGGUAUUAAACUGAGGUUCAGAACCAGGGAGCAUGAAGGGUUGAUUCUAUUUGCUGUAUCAGCUGGGUCUCAGGAGGAGUAUAUAGCCUUGCAGAUACACAAUGGGCGCCCCUACUUUCUUUUUGACCCACAGGCAUCUGCUGUGGCAGUCAGCCCCCUUAACGAUGGAGGAAAACUGUAUAAUGACAAUCAGUGGCACCAUGUGAUUGCUAAGAGAAACCAGGCCGUGGGAACAAUCAUUGUGGAUAAUCAAUACAGAGGUACUGUGUCGGCAACAAGCGGUAGCACCAUUAUUGGAGAAAAUACAGGUGUUUUUCUUGGUGGCCUUCCAAAAGGUUUUCUCCUUUUAAGAGAUGACAUAGGGGAUGCAAAAUUAGUUGAAAGAGGCUUUUUGGGUUGCAUCAGCGAUGUGUAUGUAAAGAAAAGUGAUACCCCCAGUGAAGUGUGGGAGCUGCUGGAUUGGGAGCAAGCUGAAGAGAAAGCUGGUAUUUAUCACAGCUGGGAGGGAUGUCCCAAAAAUUUUAUGGAAGGAGCACAUUUUCUUGGACAAGGAUUUCUUGAACUUCAUUCAUUUGUUUUUUCUGGUGGUACGGAAUUUGAAAUUUCAUUUGAAUUCAGAACAGAUCAACUAAAUGGAUUACUCCUUUUUGCAUUUAACAAGGAAGAGCAUGUCUACCUUGCUGCGGAACUGAGGAGUGGAACUCUGAGCUUUAUGUUCAAAACAAGUCAAGAUUUUACCCGAGUUGACCUAUGGCUUGGUUUGUCUUACUGUGAGGGGAGAUGGAACAGGGUUACCCUGAGGAAACAGGGUUCAGUCGCCACAGCCAGUAUGAAUAAACUUACAGAGCAAGUAUCAGGGACUGUGGCAGAGGAGCUGAAUAUAAACUCUCCAAUUUAUCUUGGAGGAAUCCCUGCUGAGAUGCAGAGCUCCUUCAGAGGGCUCGGCCUACAGCAAGGUUUUGGUGGUUGUAUAAAGGAUGUUAAAUUUACACAAGGUGCUGUCGUAAACUUGGCGGCUGUGUCCAGCAAUGCUGUCAGAGUCAAUCUGGAUGGAUGCCUGUCAACUGACACGACUGUUAACUGCAGGGGAAAUGACUCCAUUCUUGUGUAUGCGGGGGAGGAUCGAAGUGUGCAGGAUCAUCAUUUACAGACCUUUUCUGAAUACUUGUACAGGGUUGUUGCCUCGAAUGACGGUGGAUCAACAUCCAGCCCAUGGGAACGAGGCCGCACAAGAGAAGCUGUUCCACAAAGUGUGCCGACUCCCUCAAGAGUUUGCAGUGUAAAUGGUUACAGCGUGGAGGUGAGCUGGGACGAGCCUGCUGGGGUCAGAGGUGUAAUUGAGAAGUACGUUUUGAAAGCAUACAAUGAGGACAGUCCCAGUAUGCCACCAAUCACGGCAGAAUUCACCAGCACCCACAGCCUAACAGGCAAUUUAACUGGCCUGGUUCCUUUUACAAACUAUAGCAUUACCCUAACGGCUUGCACUCUAGCUGGCUGUACUGAAAGCUUGAGCGCAUGGAACAUCAGCACACCGCAAGAGGCUCCCAGUGAUGUUGAGCCACCUGCUGCUGACUCGCAUCCUUACUCUUUAUGCUUGUUCUGGCAUGCUCCACAUCAACCCAACGGUAUUAUCACUGAAUACACUUUGCACAGUGAUAACAUGCUGAUCUACAAGGGGAACCAGACACAAUACAACAUCACUGGCCUGGGCGUUUACACUCCACACUGGUUUGUUCUCACUGCAUGCACCAUCAAUGGCUGCACCAAUAGUUCCCAGGUCACCUUGUUCACAGCACAGCUGCCACCAACUCAUGUUGACAGCCCAAUUCCUACUGUUCUCGACUCAAGAAGCAUAUAUAUGCAAUGGAGAGCACCCAUGAAAAUUAAUGGAGUUCUAGAGCGCUAUUUAUUGUACAUUUCAACUAUGGAACAUGAGUUUGGUGACAGAAAUAUUGUGUACAACAGCUCAGAACUUUUCCACGAUUACACUGUACACCACCUUACCCCUGGAACCAACUACUUCAUGAGGCUUGCUGCUUGCAGUGGAGGUGGGUGCACAGUGAGCGAACCCAUCAUGGCCAGGACUGAAGAGAGCACACCAGAGAAUGUACCUGCCCCGAACGCUCAGUCGUUUUUAUCAGAUUCCUUCAAUAUCUCCUGGACUGAGCCCGAGCGUCCGAAUGGUAUCAUCACCAGCUAUGGAUUGUACAUGAAUGGAGUACUGGUUCAAAAUUCAUCGAAUCUUGAUUUUCACGUCAGUGGUCUUGCUCCAUGGAGUCUCCAUACAUUCAGAGUCCAGGCUUGUACAGCCAAAGGCUGUGCCUUGGGUCUCUUGGUGGAAGCUCGAACCCUGGAAGCUGCACCAGUGGGAACAGUGGCCCUUGAAAUGAGUGUCGAAGGACCUCGCUCAGUCAGAGCAAAAUGGAUGACUCCAGCCAAACCAAAUGGACUUUUAACAUAUUCUGUCCUUUUCACAGGCCUCUUCUAUGCAGAUCAAGCAAAGAAUUACUCUACAAAGAAUGAUAUCAGGAGCUUGUACAGCAGUAAGGAAGUGGAUGUAUGGGUAUCCAUUGGAGGAUUGGUUCCAUUUUCAAACUACACGGUGCAAGUAAAUGCCUGUAACAGCCAGGGUUGUGUGAUGAGUAGUCCCAAAGCAAUAACUCUGCCUCCUGGGGCUCCAGAUGGCGUACUGCCUCCCAGGCUCUCAUCUGCCACCCCGACCAGCCUUCAGGUUGUCUGGUCUGCACCAGUUCGCAACAACGCUCCAGGCUUUCCCAGCUACCAGCUCCACAUGAAACAUGUGCAUUCCACUGGUGAAAUUCUAGAAUUUUUGUUCAAUGCAUCAUCUUCCUUCAGUUACACGGCCGAGGGCUUGAAGCCAUACACUGCCUAUGAGUUCAGACUGAUUGUCUUACAUGUGUAUGGAAACACAGUCAGCGACUGGGCUCAGAUGGUGACAGCAGAGGACAAACCUGGAGCUGUGGACCCACCACUCAUUUUGGAAGUCAAGCCUAGAAGCGUGUCGAUAACAUGGCAGCAUCCUUCUCAACCUAAUGGCAAAAUCACUGGCUAUAACAUUUACCAGAAUGAAGUGCUGAAAGUAACUGUAGCCAGCAAUAGCACCAGCUACAUUGUCACUGGUUUAGAACCCUACACAGAAUAUCGAUUCCAGGUGGAAAGUUGUACGUCAGUCGGCUGCUCGCUUUCACUUUACUCUAAUAUCGUCCAAACUCCACCGGGACCUCCUGAAGAUAUCCCUCCUCCCCAGCUAUAUUCUGAAACCCCAACCUCUGUUAUCCUUGCCUGGCAGCCCCCACUGCGCCCCAAUGGUGUAGUUAAGAAUUUUACAGUUGAACGAAGAGUCAAAGAUACCAGGCAGGUGUCUAAGGUUGUGACUGUGCAGGCUAAUGAUCCAUUGAGUUACCUUGACCACUCCACUACCUUGAGCCCUUGGACAACAUAUGAAUACAGAAUUGUGGUGAGCAUCCUGAAUGGAGGAUCCAACAGUAGCGAAUGGAAAGAAGUUACUACAAGACCAUCAAGACCAGCUGGACUUGAGCAGCCUAAAGUGUUGGUUUUAGGCUCAGACUCAGUUAUGGUCACAUGGAGUCCUCCUCUAAUACCACAUGGGGAAAUCCUUUGCUAUGAAAUCCGCAUGCCUGACCCUCACAUUACCAUUACUAACACCUCGGAGUUAAGCUACACUGUGAUUAACCUCGUUCCGUACACCAACUAUACCGUGACUGUGCUGGCUUGCUCUGGGGGAGGAGGUCACACAGGAGGAUGCACUGAGAGUUUACCCACCAGUGUGACCACACUACCCACAAUCCCUCAGGGGCUCAGUCCCCUCUCAGUUACGAUUGUUAGUGAGUCAUUCCUUGUUGCUUCCUGGCAACCACCGUCAAGACCCAAUGGGCCAAAUCUGAGAUAUGAGCUGCUGAGACGUAAAAUCUGGCAACCCCUUGCCUCCAGUCCCAUUGAAGAUCUAAAUCGGUGGUACAAUAUUUACUCAGGAGACAAAUUGUUUUAUGAAGAUAAGGGUCUUAGCAGGUACACAGCAUAUGAUUACAAGUUGCUGGUGCAUAAUGAUGUGGGAUUUGCAUCUGGUGACGAAGUCAGUAGCACCACUCAAGCUGGAAUUCCCAUCAAAGGAAGCACCCUGAUGGCAAAACCUUUAAACCACACUGCAAUACAAGUGGAUUGGACCAGACCGUCUCUGCAGGACCUACAGGGAGUUGUUGAACACUACAUACUUUUCAUUAAUUCUUCCAUCUACAACCACUCCGCUACCUUUCCAGCUCAUGUAAACUGUACCAUAAUCGGUGACUUACGCCCUAACACAGAGUAUGGGUUUUUCAUCCAGGUUUUCAAUGGGGCCCACAGAGCUACCAGUGAGGUGAUUCGUGCCACUACUUCUGAUGGAGAGCCAGAGGGUGUGUUCCCUCCAAAGGUUGUUACCCUCAACAGCACAGCAGUUCGUGUCAUCUGGACAUCACCAUCUAACCCAAAUGGUGUGGUCACAGAAUAUUCAGUGUAUGUGAAUGACAAGCAACACAAGACUGGCAUGAGCUCAUCUGGAUCUUUUGUAUUGGGAGGCCUCUUACCAUUUACUAUAUACAACAUACAGGUUGAAGUUUGCACCAUGUAUGCGUGUGUGAAAAGUAAUGGGACUCAAAUAACUACAGUAGAGGAUGAACCCAGUGAUAUGGUGGCACCAAAUGUACAUGUGAUUAGUUCAAGGUCUGUCAGAGUUGAUUGGGCAUCACCAGGCCGCCCAAACGGCAUCAUACUUGGAUAUGAUGUGAGGCGCAGAAUAUUACGCUGGUGUGCACAGGUCCAGCUGCUGCAGGAGAUGCAGACAGGAAGGCAAUGCUUAUAUGUGCAAUGUGGAAUAAAUGAAAACAUAUGUGGGGGCUUUUGCUAUCAGCCAGAGCACCAGAUUUGUUGCAGUGGAGUUCUGUACAGCAGCGAACCUGGUUAUCGGUGUUGUGAAGACAAAUAUAUUCCUGUUAAUGGCAAUUCCACUGCAGUGUGCUGUGGUGGGCAGUUAUAUACCCCUCAGCCUAACUAUGAGUGCUGUGGGGGAUAUUAUGUCAAAGUUGUACCAGGUUACGUAUGUUGCCCCAAUUCAGACCAGAUCCGUGUUUCGGUUGGGGUGGGCAGUUCCUGCUGCAGUGGCAAUCCUUAUUCCAGGUCUGGGGAUCAGAUAUGUUGUGCAGGUACUCUCCACGAUGGCUUUCAUAAGCAGUGCUGUGGGGGACAGGUUGUGAGCAAAGACCUGAUUUGUUGUGGCAAUGAAGAGAAGGGAAGUGUGCACAAAGAAUUCCAAGGCAUGUCCUGUUGUGGAGAACAAUAUGUGAAUCUUUCAAAUACAAUAUGCUGUACAGACAUCAGUGGUGUAUCCAGACCUCACUUUAAAGAAAAUGAAACCAUUUCAGUGAAAUGCUGUGGGACUGAAAUUAUACCAACAAUGGAUGAAUGCUGCAAUGGAGUCGGGUAUAACCCCUUGAAAUAUGUGUGUGCUGACAAGCCUUCACCAGGAAUAACAUUACAGAAAGAUUGCAGCCCAAGCAUAUUGUGCCCAAUAUCAAUGGCAGCUGGAGCAUUUUGUGGCAAGUGCGAGUUUAACCCGGCAACCCACAUCUGCACCUGGGUUGAAGGGUCACCCUCAGCUGUGCCUAAUGAAGCAGGGCAGCAAGGCCUGUGUCCAUCACCUGAGGAGACUGUCUACACUGGAGGCCCGAACAGAUACACAUUUAAAGACACCGACUUGGAUCCGCAUGUCACCUAUGAGUACAGGGUGGCUGCUUGGAACAGUUACAGCCAGGGUUUCAGUGAUUUCGGCAGUGCCACUACAGAGCAGGACGUGCCUCAAGGUGUAGGUCCACCUAAGUGGAGCAAAGUGGACAACAGGGAAGACAUUAUACAGCUGAACUGGAAGCCUCCUGCACAGCCUAAUGGCAUCAUCAUUCAUUAUAUCAUCCUUCGAGAUGGCAGUGAGCGCUUCAGAGGUACAGAGUACAGUUUUACAGACACAGGCGGCAUUCAGCCAUACCAGGAGUAUUUUUAUCAGCUGAGAGUUUGCACUGUUGUGGGCUGUACAGACAGCAGUAAGGUAGUUGCAGUGACUGUCCAGGGAGUCCCAGAGAAUGUCCAUCCACCAACAGUCACAGCGCUAGGUCCUACAGAUUUGCAGCUGAGCUGGAGAGUACCUGCUAAACCAAAUGGUAUUAUUAAGGAGUACCAGGUCAUUCAGACUGGGAGAGGGCUUAUCUACACAGAUGGUGCUGGUAGGAUGCAAUGUACUGUAACAGGUCUCCAGCCCCAUACUAACUACAGCUUUAUGGUAAAGGCCUGCACAUCUGCCGGAUGCAGUGCAAGUCAGCCAUCUAUAGGCAGGACUCUGCAAGCAGCUCCUCAAGGAGUGUGGUCUGGCCCUCGCCACGUCGUUGUCAGCUCUGACGUUGUGGAGCUGUACUGGAAUGAGCCAAGCAAACCAAAUGGUAUAAUAUCUCAGUACCGCCUGAUGCGUGAUGGCAUGGCUAUUUCCACUGCCGACAGAGGAAACUUGAACUACACAGACACUGGCCUGCAGCCCAACACCAGGUAUGUAUACGUGCUGGAAGCCAGUACAGGCGGAGGGAGCAACAGAAGUGAAAAAUACGUGAUUCAGACCCCAGUGGCUACUCCAGAGAGAAUUCCAGUCCCACAUAAUGUUACAGGAGUUGGACCUCGUUCGGUCUUUGUCGCCUGGACCCCUCCAGGAGUGUUUAAUACGACCAUGCUGUUGGAGUACAAUAUUCUGCUAAACAUUGGAAGUAAUCAAGCAUUAAUCAGAGCAGCAGGGCAUGAUCAGUUCUUGUUGGUUGAGGGACUCCGCCCAUUCACACAAUAUGAAAUACGAAUACAAGCAUGUCAACAAGAUGGCUGUGGCGUUGGUCCGAGGGCAUACAUAAAGACAGAUGAAGCUCCACCUGAAGAUAUUAAAGCACCUACAGUUACUGCAUCUGGGUCUUCUGUUAUUGAAGUCCGAUGGGCCCCCCCAAGAGAACCCAAUGGUGUCAUCACUAAUUACUUCAUACACAGGCGACCAGUUGGCACUCAAGAUGAGCUACUUGUUUUCAUCUGGUCUGAGGGUGCUUUGGAGUUUAUUGAUGCCUCUGACAUACUCCAGCCCCACACUGAAUAUGAAUAUCGAGUGAGAGCCCGCAACACCAGGGGAUCUGUGGACAGCCUGUGGUCGUCAACGCAAACCCUGGAAGCACUGCCACAGGGCAUGGCAGCUCCCUCGGUUCAGCCCACGAGUGCUUACUCUGUGUUUCUCAAUUGGACGGAGCCUGCUUCUCCCAAUGGGAUUAUAGCUCAGUACCGAGUGGUCUAUCAAAAAAGAAGCAGCGAUCCAACUUUUAACACGUCUCCUGUAACAGCAGUCACUGUGCCGGGAACAAACAACCAAGCUCACGUUUUUGGUCUAGAGCCCUUUACAACAUACAACAUCCACGUUGUAGCUGUUAACAGUGCCGGACAAGUCACAAGCCCAUGGACCUCAGUGCGUACCCUUGAGGCAUCACCCAGUGGACUCAACAACUUUACUGUAGAGAAGAGAGAAAAUGGUAGAGCACUGCUGCUAAAAUGGUCUGAACCCCUGGAACCUAAUGGAGUAAUCAAGACAUACAAUAUCUUCAGUGAUGACAAUCUAGAAUUCAGUGGCCUGUCUCGUCAGUUCCAUUUCAGGCGUCUUGAGCCCUAUACAGUAUACACUCUAGUUCUGGAGGCCUGCACUAGCGCUGGUUGUACCAGAUCAGCUUCCCAGCCGAUCAGAACUGACGAAGCUCCUCCCUCUUCCCAGCCUGCCCCUGUGGCCCAGUCAGUUAAUACCACCAGCAUUGAACUGACAUGGGCACAACCCACACACCCAAAUGGGAAAAUAUCUGAAUACCAAAUUAUCGUCAGGAAUAAUCAGGGAAGCCGACUUGGCAAUGCAGAAGUACUUAUGCAGGAGGAGAAAAUCUUGUUCACUGAAUACAGUACAGAAAAGGAUACAUUUUUGUAUAAUGUGACAGACUUAAAAGCAUGGACAAAGUAUGAAUUCAAAAUCCGAUCUUGGAAUACAGCAGGGUACACAGAUAGUUCAUGGAUAAUGGUAGAGACCAAGCAGGCUCAACCAAAAGGUCUUGCUGCUCCAAGAGUUCAUCAUUUGGAAGAUAAUCCUCAUAAUUUGUUCAUCACUUGGACCCCUCCAGAAGAAAUCAAUGGGGUUCUCCAGUACUAUCGAUUACAGAGAGACAACAUUACCUUCCCCUUCAGCUUUGAUACCGCCACAGUUAACUAUACAGACGAGGACCUGAUGGCUUACACUAUGUAUAGCUAUGCAAUUAUUGCUUGUACUAUGGGAGGGUGUACCACCAGUUUGCCUGCCACAAUCAGAACUCUUGAGACAGCACCUUCAUCUGUAGGCCUUCCAAAACUUAUCACUAUUAGUGCAACUGAAAUAAAUGUUUCAUGGUCUGCACCACUGAUUCAGAAUGGUGAAAUAACUAAAUAUACACUGUUAACGAAUGGUGAACAACGCUAUACUGGUAAAGGACUAUUCAGUCUGAUUUCUAGUUUACAGCCGUACACAGAGUAUCAGUUUAUCUUAAUUGUAUGUACAAAUGGAGGAUGUACCUCAAGCCCACCUGCAUCAGCAAGAACACAUGAAGCACCACCUACAAACAUGAGAGCACCAAGGCUAAAAGUAACUGGGUCAGAGUCGGUAGAGGUUACUUGGGAACAACCAACUUAUCCCAAUGGGGAGGUCAAAUCUUAUGAACUAAGGAGGGAUGGUGAUCUCAUAUAUGUUGGUUUGGAGACCCGUUAUCAUGACUUUACCUUAAUGCCAGGCAUUGAGUAUACCUACACAGUUACUGCAAACAAUAUUAAAGGAAGCAUCACUAGCCCCAUAGCUAGAGCAAGGACAAAUCCAUCUGCUCCAUCUGGUGUAUCACCUCCAAAAUUGCAACCAUCAAGUCUAAGUGAUAUCUUUGUGAUGUGGGACCCUCCUGCUCGAUCCAACGGAGAGAUUAUGAACUACACUGUUUUCAGAAGGGAUCCUGCAGAGGCAAAAAUCAUAACAAUCACCUUUCCUUCUUACCAUCCAUCCUAUUUUAGCCGCUCAUAUACAUUAUCUGGUCUUAAACCAUAUUACAGAUACGAAGUAAGAAUUGAAGCUUGCACUGUUUUGGGCUGCGCUUCAAGCGAUUGGGCAUCAACACAGACAUUGGAAGCCCCACCUGCAAAUCAGACUGCCCCUCUCAUAGAACUCCACACUGACUCUGAUGGAUUUCAGUCAGUGCUUCUCGUGUCAUGGCCAAUGCCACAGCAACCCAAUGGAAAGAUCCUGUACUUUGAGCUUUACAGAAGACAAGUUACCAACCCCCCAACCAGCUCAGGAUUGGUCCUGAUUUACAAGGAUGUAUUAACAUCAUUCCGGGAUGCAACAUUACAGCCAUUCACAGAAUAUGAAUAUCAGGUGUGGUCAAUAAAUUCUGUAGGGAAGGUGUCAAGUUCCUGGAGCCGAGCUAGGACUGGACCAGCCCCCCCUGAGGGUGUCCCUCCCCCCACUUUCCCCACAGUGCAGGCAACAUCUGCAGUGGUCAGCAUUAACCCCCCAACAAAACCCAAUGGAAUUGUCAGCUUGUACAGAGUAUUCGCCAACAGCACAGACAAGCAGCUACUGUUAUCCGAAGGAACUUCAAUCCAGCAAAUUAUUCAUGGCCUUCAGCCUUUCACAAAUUACUCAGUGGGGGUAGAGGCCUGCACAUGCUUCCAGUGCUGCAGCAGAGGACCAGUGGCACAGCUCAUGACUCAACCCUCUGCCCCUUCUAAUCAGCCCCUACCUCGUGUCAGCAAUGUGACAUCCAGAUCUGCUACCGUAGAAUGGAACGAACCACAGUCACCCAACGGUAUUAUUGAGAGCUAUGAACUCCAGAUGUACACAGCUUGCCCACAGCCAGGACAGCCAUUGCUGAAGCCCUGUGCUCCUGGACCUCAUGAAAUGAAAUAUUCUGGAAAAGGGCGGAGUUACAAAUUGACUGACCUUCAGCCAUACACCAGCUACAAUCUCAGAGUCAUGAGCUACAACUCUGUAGGAAGUACAGGAUCCGAGUGGCUGUUCAUUACUACACAGAAAGAGAUGCCACAGUACAGAGCCCCUUUCAUUGUAAUUAGUAAUUUGACUACUGUAUAUCUGGACUGGAGCUACUCGUUCAUUCUAAAUGGGCAGCUCAGAGAGUAUGCGCUAACAGAGAAUGGAGUUCGGCUUUACAGUGGCUUUGACAGCACCCUGCAUAUACCGAGGACAUCGGACAAAACGUUUGUGUUUCAGGUUACUUGUACCACUGAUACUGGAAGUGUCAGCACUCCAAUUAUUAAAUACAACACGGCUACUGGAAUUGGUCCUGUAGAAACAGCUCCUGGUGAGAAGACUGGGAUUCAGGACUCUGACUCUAAAUUUUAUACAGAGCUGUGGUUCAUCAUCCUGAUGGCUAUCCUGGGGCUCAUUUUCCUGGCCAUAAUCUUGGCUGUGGUGCUACAGAGAGCUAUUAGUAAGCCACCCUUUGAAAGGGAGAGGCCACCUAUAGUCCCUCUGCAGCAAAGGAUGCCUUCAAUGAGUGUCUACCCACCAAGUGAUGCAUACGUGAAAUCCCCUUGCUCUGACAAUCCCUCUAAUCAGUUUCCUAAAGCAACUAUAUUACAAGUUCCAGUAGUAUCUACUUCACAAGCAGAGCAGCCUGCAGAUACGGGUCUGGCAGAUACCAAAAUAGCAGGGCCUGGAUCUCAUCUUAGUAACCGAAGUAUGUCAGUUCUUCGAGUGCCAAGUCAAACUCAGCUGAGUCAGGUCUACUCUCAGAACUCCCUGCUACGCAGUGUUAGUCAGCUCAUUGACAUCCAUGACAAAAAGUCUCUUAUUGAAGACGUAGUGUGGGAGACCAUUGCCCAAGGCCAUGACAGUGGAAUGUUUGUAGAAGAUGAAGACCUCAUUGAUUCUGUAAAAGGGUUCAGUACAGUGAGAAAGGAACACACCAUGUUUACAGACACCCAUUUGUAGCAAGGACUUCUGAAGAAAGAUGUAAAACAGCAGGUUGUAGCAUGUAAAAUGUAUAUUAUUUGUCGCUAGCAUUAGCAAGAACUCAUUAAACACUAAAAAGUCAUACACAAGUGCAUAUUAAAUUUUUUUUUUUUAAAUUUGUAUUUUUUCCAGAUGAAAUGACGUUAAGGCCUGUUCAUAAUAAAAACAGCACAUUUCCAUCACAAUUGUUAUAGAGUAAUAUUCCAAUCUGUCCAAAACAGAUUCAGCUGAUAUAUAGAGAAAUCAAACAUACUGCAUAUAAACAUUUGGAUGGGGUAUAUUAUACCAUAACACAUACAUUUAGUACCAUAAGCCUUAAGAUGUUCUUUUAAAAUGAGGGUGUAGACACAGUAAAAGUAGUAUUUAUAUAAUUCCACUCAAAUGUAUGUCAAAUCGUUAUUAAUGGUAUGCUCAAUGUUAUGUUUUUUGCCAGUAUUGCUGUACAAAGGGAAAUUAUGGAAGUUGAGUUCUGUUACAAUAUAAUGUAAACAGCAAAUUCUGUCUGAUACAUUACGAUUGCUCAAAACACAACUGCUGUUGUAGUUUGUUGGUUUAUUAU